AAAACACUUGCCGUUUUGCUCUUUUCAUAUUAGCCUGCUUGAUACUGAUACAUUGUGUAGCCUCCAAUGGACCUCGGUCGCGGGUUUUUAUUCGUGUGGACUGCGGUGGCAAUGGUGGUCACCCUUUGUACCAUCAAUGUCGAUGCGAGAUACCAUUACCACAAGGGACAAAAGGUUAAUGUGUCACCUCCUCCUCCAUCUGAUGAAGCACCAGCUCCUUCGGUUCCUUCAACACCUGCUGAACCUCCUCCUGCUAGCUCGCCAUCGAUUCCCUCGGACCCGUACCCAAACGAUCCCGGCAAUACAUCGGACUGCAUUUUCGAUGUGACUUCGUAUGGUGCAGCGGGUGAUGGUUCUUCGGACGACACUGCGGCUUUCAGGGAAGCAUGGAAAGCUGCUUGUGCUGUAGAAUCAGCCACUAUUUUGGUUCCUUCCGAUAAAGUUUUCAUGAUCACUUCCACUAUCUUCUCAGGGCCUUGCAAACCUGGACUUGUGUUUCAAGUUGAUGGAGUCCUAAUGCCACCAGAGGGACCCGAAUGCUGGCCCAAAGCAGAUAGCCGCAAGCAAUGGCUAGUAUUUUAUCGACUUAAUGACAUGAAACUCACGGGUAAUGGGAUCAUUGAAGGAAAUGGACACAAAUGGUGGGAACUCCCUUGCAAGCCUCACAGGGGUCCCAAUGGUUCGUCUCUGCCAGGACCAUGUGACAGCCCUGCUAUGAUAAGGUUCUUCAUGAGCUCAAACUUAGUAGUGAGUGGCAUAAGGAUCCAAAACAGCCCUCAGUUUCACAUGAAAUUCGAUGGGUGCGAAGGGGUUUUGAUCGAGAAGUUGUCCGUAUCGACGCCUAAGCUUAGCCCCAACACCGAUGGGAUCCACAUUGAGAACACUAAAUCUGUUGGGAUUUAUAACUCUAUGAUAAGCAACGGAGAUGAUUGCAUUUCAAUUGGUACUGGAUGCUCUAAUGUAGACAUCGAUGGCGUCACCUGCGGUCCAAGCCAUGGGAUCAGCAUUGGGAGCCUUGGGGUGCAUAAUUCCCAGGCAUGUGUUUCGAACAUAACCGUACGCAACACCGUCAUAAGAGAAUCCGACAACGGCGUGAGGAUCAAGACAUGGCAAGGGGGAACCGGCUCGGUCUCAGGCAUAUCGUUCGAGAACAUCCAGAUGGAGAAUGUUCUUAACUGCAUCAUUGUGGACCAAUACUACUGUCUGUCAAAGGAAUGCCUGAACCAAACAUCAGCUGUUCAUGUCACAGACAUCCAAUACAGGAACAUCAAGGGCACGUACGAUGUCAGAACCCCUCCAAUCCAUUUCGCGUGCAGCGACACCGUGGCCUGCACAAACAUAACGAUGGCGGAAGUCGAACUUCUGCCAGAAGAAGGAGAGUUGCUGGAUGAUCCAUUUUGUUGGAAUGCUUAUGGAAUUGAAGAGACAUUAACUAUACCUCCCAUUGGUUGCUUACAGGAAGGCAUGCCCCAGACAAUAACAGAGACAUCUCAGUAUAGUUGUUGAGAUUGAAAAGACUAGACUUUGAUUCCCAUAUAUAUAUAUAUAUAGAUAGAUUUAUCAUUAAAUAGAAAAUACUUUAGCCUUUAGGUUCCAUCCCUAAUGGGGUUUAUUUUUCCCUUAUUGUGUGAUGAGAUGUACUAUUAUUGGUAUAGUAGCAAUGCCCAAAUGGGUCGAGUUA